CCCACCCCCCAUUUAUAAGGAUGUCUGGAAGUCAGGAUUCAGGCAGUGGAAGCCACGUCAGCAAGAGAAAUUCCAGCAAUGCCAGCUCCACCGUGUACUUUGGACAGUACCAGUACACAGCAGAUGAGUACCAGGCCAUCCAGAAUGCUCUGCGUCAAAGACUUGGUCCAGAGUACAUCAGCAGCCGGCAGGCUGGAGGAGGACAGAAGGUUUGUUACAUCGAGGGUCACAGGGUUGUCAGUCUGGCCAAUGAGAUGUUUGGCUUCAACGGCUGGGCUCAUUCGGUCACUCAGCAGAAUGUUGAUUUUGUUGACCUGAACAAUGGCAGAUUCUACGUGGGGGUCUGUGCAUUUGUUAAAGUUCAACUUAAGGAUGGGUCAUACCAUGAAGAUGUGGGAUAUGGAGUGAGUGAGGGCCUGAAAUCUAAGGCCUUGUCUCUAGAGAAGGCAAGAAAGGAAGCAGUGACAGAUGGACUGAAGAGGGCACUCAGGUGCUUUGGGAAUGUGCUUGGGAACUGCAUCCUGGACAAAGACUACCUGCAAGCAGUGAAUAAACUUCCUCGUCAGAUUUUCCCUGCAUUGGAUGUGGCCAAAGCUAAAAGGCAAGACUUUGAGCCCUCAAUAGAGAAGGCAAGAUACAACAGCUGUUUGCAGAAGCAGAGUGCAGGGCAGCAGCAGUGUGAGAUGGCGCUCUCUUGCAAAUCUGACCAGGCAGAAGCUUCCUUGAACAGAAUGGAACAGGACCAUCCACACAGCAUCAGCAGAAACACAGACUCUUUAGCCACCGAGUGUGAUGCUACUUACCAGCGGAAGUUGCGGCAGAAGCAGCUACAGCAGCAGUUCCGGGAGCAGAUGGAGAAAAAACUUCAGAUCCCAAUAGCUGUUCCAGUCUGCAAACAGGUGCCACCAGCUCCUCCUGUAAAGCACAGCACUCCAGUAACAGCACAACAGGAACCAACUGCAGAAGAGGAGUUCUUUGCAGAUGACCCUGAACUUUGGGACAUUCCUCUAGAGGCCACCAGUCUCAGUGAUGCUGCUAGCCACAAAGUGGCAGAUAUGCCAGCCCAGCCACAGGCUCCUGCAACCCCUCUUGGCCAGCAUCACAUGACUACUCGGAGCAAGACUCCUCAGAAGAUGAGCAAUCACAAACCAUGUGCAAGGCCUACACCCUGGCAAGUGUCUGCCGAGCAGAGGACUUUUAGCCAUUGUGCCAACCAGCAUGCAGCAGCAGACUGCAGCCCCUACAGAAGGAGCCAAGGUAUGAAGAAAAGGAAGCUGGAACCCACCUAAGGAAUGACAGCAGCUCCUGACUUCUUGCCUCUGGAUCUGUCAUUUUUUCCAGACAAUCUGUUCAGUGGUAUGAGGAAGGUAAUCAAGCAGACCAGGCCCUUCCUUUGGUGCUGCAUAAACUUAACUAUGAAUGCAGGACAGGAAGCUGUCCCACAGUCAUGGGCUUGACACCCCCUUGUGUGUGGUCAAAAACGUUUCAAAUGCAUUUCUCCCCGAUUCCAGAUUCAGAUGCUGUGGAAGGGCUCUUCGCUUCAUGGCUUGUAUCAGGUCAUAAAAGCAGUAAUUUUAAGUUCCUUUGUGCCAUUCUAAGAAACUGGUUCUUAGGAUGAAAUGCGUGAAGGGUGAGGGUGGGGGGUCAUUCCUUUGCAGUUUCAUGUUGUAGAGGAAGCAUUUCCCUUUUGAAGGCAAAUAGUGUUUAGUAAAGUCAAACUGGGGAAGGAAUCAUUUGAGCUCACCCUGUAUUAAAGUUCUGCUUGGCCAGGUCCAUUGUACAAGCAAUGUGAUUGACCUGUUCUGUUCCUUUACCAAUUUGUUUUUAUAUGAACUUUUACCCCCUUUUUAUUAUGGCAAACAUGAAUAAAUGUUGUAGCUGUUCAAGUGGGUCAACAACACAUUUAUCUUGAAUACAUGACAGGUCCUCUAGACAAAGGAAGAUUUCUACUACACUGACUUCUUGUGGUUUAAUGCUACUCAGCCUGACAACCCAACUCCCUCUUCCUGAAGCACAAAGCAGAUUAGUGCUAUAAACCUAGUGACAAGUCUGAAAUUAAACAGAAACCCAAACCUCAAGUAUUUUGUUUUCUACUCCCAGCUUGUAGCUUAAGGAAGGAGAACAAUCCAUCACACCAUUGCCUGCAACACCAGGGGAGAUGCAAGAGGUUUACACACUUUUAGUUAAACAUGUGGGAUGAAGCAUAAUUAGGAGAAAUGGGGUAAGCAUUAGAAGCAAAGAAUAGGAGUUACUGAACAUAUCUACACGUUCAUUAAUGCACUGUAAUUGCGGUGCAUUGUUAGUACCUGUAAUAACAGGUACCAACUUAAAUGUACCAUAAUUAGCACUACUGCAUAUUAGUGCAGACAAACAUUGUGUGAGGCUUAAUGCACACUGGACUAAAUCUGUGCAUUAGCAUGGUUUUUGCCAGCUGCACUAGUGUGUAGAAGAAUUAGUCCAGUGCACAUGAAGCAUCUCAAAUAGAUGCGCCCACUCCAGUCCUAACUUUAAAUCGCCUGCCAGAGUGGCAAGUGCUCUGCUUAAGGCAAGAACUUGCCCACAUAGCAGUGAUAGUAUAGUACAAGAUUAGUCUUAAUGACAGUGAAUCAUAAUCAUGUCCUGUCUCAUAACUAAACAGUAAGUCAGAUACACAACACUGAAAUUGAAAGCAAGCUUUACCAUGCUCUUUCCCUGUUAGCAGAAUCACUUUUCUCCAGUAACAAAAAAAAACUGAUCCCCCACCCCUCAAAAGGUCUUCCCCCCCACCUCCAAGUGUACACACACACACACACUACAGUAUGCAGCAGCAAAAUGUAGAACUGAAUAUACCCAAGUGGCCUCAAAACCUGAUUGACUGUAUGAAGCUGCCUCCUUGCCAGCACACCUGCCUAUAAAAUUGCCAGUAGCCUUCAUUGCCUUACUCAUAAAACUGAGGGUAGCUGAAGCUGACCACUCCUGUUUAAAGUGUCAAUGUAUAGCCUGCCUUUGUCGCUUCCCAGCCCAUCCCUGGGAAGAGAAUGCUUAUGACACUGGUCAAGAAAAAUCUCAUUACUUACUACAGUCAGUGCUCAUGCAUCCCACAUUAAGCCAAGGCAAAGGCUGUUAAGGAAGAGCAUGUUUGGAUCACAAAAAGAAAAUGGAGGAUUGAGCCACAAGAUUAAUUUUUGGGAAAAAAAGCUGUAGUCAUAGGAACCCAAGUGCAUGCAGAACCAUUGGUUCAAGACUGGAGAGAUGCCCCACCUUGGUGCAUCAUAAAGCCCACCUCCAAAGCUUGCAUCCUCUUUGGAGGGCUUUUAAGAACCCUAAGUAAGGAGGGAGUCCUACAGGAUCCCAGCCUACAACAGCAUGAACAAAAGCUUUCCUAAAGAAAGGAUAUCUAAUAAAUUGUUACUGUUUAAAAACACCUCACUUGCCAUCCUCCAGAAGACACUAGGGGCCCAUGUGACCUAACUGCUACCAAGAGUUGCUGAAAUGGCCAUUUACCACACUGCCUCAAGGACAUGUAAAUCCCACUGAGACAGAGAAUGACUUGAGCAGACAUGGAGAUUCCUUGCAAUUCCAAAGAUGCCUCUUACCCCAUUCCUAGUAAAGAUAUUACUCCUCUCAGACAGCUCUUUGCUAGUUCCAACUACAGCUGCUUGAAGGACCCUGACCAGCCAAGCAAGCUUGAUGCUCUAUGUUUAUUGACAAUAGCAAGAAUUCUUUGUGAUGGAGUUCAUCUGGGCUCUGUUUCACCAGGGUUUCCACCCCAGUGUUGUAGGCACACAUCCCUCUAGCUUAGUUUCCAAGCAAGGGGGUUGGGAUACAGAAAGAAAUGUAGAACUAACCAAAGGCUGACUUCUGCCAACCCCUUUUCAUCAGGGACAGAUUCCUCUCUGACAGAGUUGCUAAGAGGCAGCACAAAGUCUCCAAAAAUUAGCUAGGACCCAGAGAUUACAGUAGACAGGGGAGUUUGCCAAUCCCCUGGGGUUAAUGCCAACUAUUUAGACCUUGUCCAACCAUCUGUCUCUGGAGCAGGAAAACUAUACUGAAGCCAACCUAUACCACACCAGAAAUGUGUUGUUGCCUAACUUACUUGUUAGCCAAGACUCUUUUGACUUGCUGGGUCAAUGACUUUCUGCAUCAGUAUCUAUGAACUGUCUUUUACUGUUGCUUAUUUUCAGAGUAGUUUGUUGAAAGGUCAAACUUAUUUCUGACCACUGCUUUUGACAAGUUUGGGGUCUCAUUAAAGUAGGUACUUUCCUGAGGAAACUAGCCAGGAGCUGGGUAACAAAAACCCACCUGCAGAUAGUUAUCCAGAGAAAGGAGACAGAAGAGGUAGGAACCAGCUGAAAAUGAAAACCCACAGUUCAACCAAAGCAGGUUUGUUUUAUUUGAAUGAUUUCAUUAAAUAUUCUACAAAGGUAACAAAUUGCAGCACAAAGCGCAAUCAUACAAGAAGCGCAAUGCCUGGAUUUAGUGCAAAACAUACAACUAACUACGGCCAGGGAAGCCCAGAGUUUGAAUUCAGUUUAUUUUUCUUUUUUGCCUUUUUACAGUGUACAUUGUUAAAUAAUGUAAAGAAAACAUUUGUAAAUUCAGAAACAGAUUUUAUGUGGAAAAAAGAUACUCAAAGUGUAAUAUUAAACACAAAAUAAUUUAACAGUU